GAAGUAAUUAGCGCUUAUUUACUUGCGCGGAGAUUAGUGUCGAGCUGUUGCAAUGCGAUUUAUGUGAUAUAGAGAAUGAUAUUUACCUUCUAUGACUCCUUUGUUAUCGCAAUUUUAACUUAGUCUCACGUAUUCUUAUCUAAUAUUGCGCAAAUGAACAAUGCACUUGACGGAUUUUAAUGUCGUAUUUGGAGUGGAUUGCAAAUAGAAACAGGAUUGCACGCCUUUCUUGCGAUGUGUUGGCUAUUCGGGAACUGUAUGAGUCUGCCGAAAUAGAACUAUGAUUUUUAAGAGCAUCACAUUGUAUUCCGUUUAACUGAUUGUAAUGUAUUCCAUCCGGUGUAUUUGGACAGCCCAAAGUCACCCAGAGAGCAGCGUUGGCGCGAAUGAACAAUCACUGACCACAUUGUCCAGCAAUUGUUGGGAAUCAUGCCAUUUGACUGGAUAAGGUGUGCGGAAUAAGGAGUGCUCUGACUCUGGAGGACUCUCUUUGUAUUCGCGAGUGGCGCGCAAUUAUUUCCCUCACGAACACUUGUGAAAAUUCUCACACACAGCGGAAGAUUCUAACGACAUCGAUACUCUCUCUGCGUAGUGUUCAAUGCGCUCUCAAAUUUGACCAACAUUAUUCGCGGGAGAUGCGAUAGUGUCGUUUCUCUUCGUGGAGUGUUCAGAAGCACAGCCAGCAUCCGAGAGUCUUCAUCUCUGAUCUGUUCUUUUUUCUACAAUCCCAGUUCACUUUGGAAUAUUACCUAACAUUCUUGCUGCCCUGAAAAGGACGCGAAGAGAAAAGGAUACAAGAGGAUUUUUCCUGCAAAAUUCCCACCCAGUGAUUUGUCUCAGUUCCACCUUUGAAACUCCCUUGCAAAGGACGAAAACCAGAGAAUUAUGGCGGCAAUUCGGGAAUUGUUCCUUAUCACCUUCGUCACCCUGAUGUGUUUUGCAAAAUUAGGAUCCGCAAUCCGUUGCUAUGAGUGUAAUAGUCACACGGAUGUUCGCUGUGCCCAGGACAUCCCUCCGGAUGAGCUGUCAAUCGAGUGCGGGGACCACAAGCACGGAGUGGCGUACACUUUUUGUAGGAAAAUCACUCAAGUCAUUGAAUUCUCCGUGAACAAUUUGCCUCCCGAUAGCCGUGUCAUUCGUGGAUGUGGCUGGGACUCCUCAUCCUAUAAGGAUAAAUGCUACCAGAGAUCUGGCUUCGGCGGUCGCUUGGAAGUCUGUGCUUGCUCAUCGGACAACUGCAAUGGUUCUGUCUCAAUGAGGAACAUCAGCGCAGCUUUUGGCCUUGUCAUGGUCGCUCUCGCAUCACUCUUCUCUCGAUGGUAAUUUAGUUAUUGGAGGCAGAACCGAAAAGCUCUUUUUUUAGACAUCCACACGAGAUGCCAGUAUGAUUUCCUCCACGCCAGGCGACUAAUUUUAGGAGUUAUAUUAGUGGAAAAACUUGCGACACUUCCCCUAUCUGCAACUUGAAUGUUUUGAAAAUAAGAUUUAGUGAAAAGACCAAAAGGCUAUCAAGUUCGUCUCGUUUGACUACACCAGCAUACAUCAAUGGAGGAAAAUAUUUAUAAUGAAUAAUCAUUCUAUAGAGCAGUACAUAGAGAUUAUAGAGAAAUCGUUCUCCCCCCUUAUCUACGUACUAAAUAUAAAUUAAAAAUAUAGAUGCGUUGUAUAUAUUGAAGAGUUUUACAUUUAAAUAUUUGUGCCUGUUUUAUUGUGAAUUUAUGGAGUCGUCCUAUGCUUUAAUAAUUAGAUGAGAAGUGUACAAUUGUAAAGCUCGCUAUCACAGUAAUUCCUUCUUUAACCUCUCCUGAGUAUCUUAAUUGUAUGAGAAAAAUAUCUUCAAAUGAGAUAAGAUCGUUCGUAAACUGCCAUUCUUUUGAGAGUUAGAAAGAGAGAGAGAAAUUUAAUUAUACGAGAGUCAUCAAUAAAGAGAGUUUAAUAAAAA